UUAAAACCUGAACGGAGAAAGAGAGCUCGAAAGAGAAGGCGAAAGGUGGUUCACACGACGGCGAUGGCGGCCACUCGAGCUUCGUGGAUCCACUCCGUCCCCUCUCCAACCCUCGAAGCCGAGAGAAGCUCCGUCCAAGCUCCAUCUAGGCUCUUUCUUAAACCUCGCCGGAAAGCCCUAGUCUUGGCUUCAGUCCGAACCGGAGGAGCUGACGGAGAUGGUAGCGUCCUCAAUAGCACCGGUUCCUCUAUCGAUCUGAAUCGUUCCUCUCUUGAUUCUUCUUCUGAGUUUGCUUCCAAAGACCCUUCAACACUUCCUCGGCCUCUUUCUCGUGUGGAUCUCUCCGGUGGUGGCAAUGGAUCUCGGCUUCGAGUUGCUUACCAGGGUCUUCCUGGUGCUUAUAGUGAAUCUGCUGCGGCGAAGGCGUACCCGAAUUGUGAGGCAGUUCCUUGCGCAACGUUUGAGAAUGCUUUUGAAGCUGUUGAGAAGUGGAAUGUUGACCGAGCUGUUCUACCAAUUGAGAACUCACUUGGCGGUAGUAUUCAUCGGAAUUAUGAUCUUUUACUUCGCCAUAAGUUGCAUAUUGUAGGGGAAGUGAAAUAUGCUGUUUGUCACUGCUUAUUAGCUAACCAUGGCGUGAAAUUAGAACAACUCCGACGAGUACUUAGUCACCCUCAGGCUCUUGCGCAAUGUGAGCAUACCCUAGCAAAGUUGGGGGUUGUUAGAGAAAAUGUUGAUGAUACAGCUGGGGCUGCGAAGUUUAUUGCUGAUAACAAGCUUGAAGAUGCUGGUGCUGUUGCAAGUUCAUUAGCAGCUGAACUCUAUGGUUUAAAUAUCCUUGCCCGAGAUAUUCAGGAUGACUCUGAUAAUAUCACUCGCUUCUUAAUGCUCGCUAGAGAACCUAUUAUUCCGGGUACUGAAAAACCAUUCAAGACAAGCAUAGUCUUCUCCCUCGAAGAAGGCCCCGGUGAGCUUUUCAAGGCACUAGCUGUCUUUGCUUUGCGAAAGAUCAACCUCUCAAAGAUUGAAAGUCGUCCUCAGCAAAAUAGGCUUUUACGUGGCGCCGAGCAUGAUGGAAAAGAUGGAUCUAACUGUUUCGACUACCUAUUUUAUGUAGAUUUUGAAUCAUCGAUGGCUUCAUCAGUUGCGCAGAACGCACUAAAGCAUCUCAAGGAGUUCGCGACAUUCCUAAGGGUGUUAGGGAGCUAUCCAAUGGACACCAGUCAAGCUUGAUUGACUUAAUCCAUGCCCAUAGACAAUUUUAUCAGUUCAUUUUACUUUCUUUCUUUGGAUUGUGAAGUGUUUCAGUUUGUAAAAUCCAGCAGGUUUUAGGGAUGACAGAGAAAGAUGAGUUUUCAAAAGGAUUAUCUUUUUCAAGAAAAAUAUAUAGAAAGGUUGUUCUGAAGUAUAAUAAAAUAUUUUCCCUUCUGUUCUCAUGAAGCUGAUGAAAAAUCCAUUUUUUUUUUUUUCA